AUGGCUGAAGAUAUUUCCGACUGGCUCCUCCAGAGCGACACAGAGCCUUAUAUCGCAUUCGGUUAUGCCCAGUACUUGUCCAACGUUCCCUCGAAUGCUACCGUCUGGAACCAUCUUCUCGAGAGAUCUUUGAGUCUUCAGGAGGUGGCUUUUAGCUACGAAGAGUUCUUGGAUUUUGUGAAGAGGGAGCGCCGUGGUGCUGGAAGAGGUCCCGAAGUCUGGCCAAAGGUCUCGGGAUUGGAUCGCUUGAUCGUGAUGGUGGCUGUGGAGCCUCACAUACCGGCGGACUGCGCUCUUUCGUUGGCCAUGGUUGUGCACUGGGCCUCUGAUAGACCUUCUGGCCUCUCGAUGCGUGUCCUCACGGUCUCUACUUCGCACGACUGUCCUGAGAUGGCUGCGCUCGUCACGUCGAAGUCCAUGCCUGAGCCGAAACAAUUCCUCCUCGACAUUACACGCCAACAGGGUGCCCCAAGGGUGAAAUCAGACAUCGGAGAGGAGUCGGACGUUGAGGAGAGGGUCAAGUCAAAUGUUGCGCGUCAAGAUGGCAGUCAGGUCGUCGUCUUGUUCGCCUCGGAUGGCCCUUCGAAGCACCUUGCGAUUUCUUUGAGGGCACAGGGGUGGCCCAUUACGUCCAUUCAUCGCCGAACGCCCUCUUAUUCCAUGCAGCUGGCAUCAACGACUUCUGAGGAACAUAUGUGUCGUGUCCUGCACGUGCAAGACCCGAUCCGUUCCCCAUUUCCCCUUACUGGAUUCGAUCAUGUCCAUGUCGUUACGAACUCUACCUCUACAAAGGUAGUCUUCGACGCGGUGACUGGCCAGUUGACCUCGACCCUGGCCCAGACGAGCAAGCAUGAGAGAAAGGAGCAGUUGGCGUAUGCAUAUCGCUCGCAGGGAGCCUCGAGCGUCUCGGUCUACGUCGACCGCCCAGCUGCCAGUUUUCUACAGGCAGGAACUCGUCUCCGGCGUCUACAGGUCAGCAACGAGCAUUUGGGGGGCUUCAUCGCAGCCCUAGCCGGGUUUGAGGCGUGGGGAAUCGACGCGCUCCAGGUUGCAGGGUGCUUUGUACCGCACAUGGAGGAGUACGCACUAAUGACCACAAUGAAGCGUCUCAUUGAUCAAGGGCUCCUAAGACAGACCACAGCGACAGACUACGACCACCGGCUUGCAUACUUCGUCGCUCAACACACCGACACCACGAUUCUUCGACAGUCAAAGCUCCAACUUGCAUCACUCCUCGCUGUCGGGGUUUUGAAGGUGAUUAAUUUGCCUGCGGAGAUGAGGGACGCCUUGGACGCCUUGGCUUUGAACUGCUGGGGAUACACGCGGCCCCUUGCAAAGCAAGGUGCCAUUUGGAUGGCACUUGGGCUAUGGAAGCUGGCCGCGAAGCAGUUCCAUGACUUCCACGAGGCAGUGAGUGACCUGACACAUGUGCCAGUGUUUGGGACCCCGCUUCAUGUCUCGUUGAAAGAGUCCACCAAGGUCGUCCACACCAUCAAUAGGCUCGCCAGCGCCUUGAAGAAACCGCACAUUGGGUUGAUCGAUCUUCCCACCGCGGAUGAGACUGGUGAACUUGACGAAGCUGGCUGUCUGGAGUUGCAGACUCAUUUGUUCACGGCCUUUCUCGGCCAAUUGAUUGCGGGUUCCCCUAGCGAUGGCGAAUGGUAUCGGGAAGCUGUUGCGAGCGGCACACGGGUUGUCGCCUUCCAGAACUGGGUUCACUCGUUCGCGAACAUUGACCAGGUGCACCAGGCAAAUGGUCAAACUGUUGUCUGGGGCGUUUUCAACACACUUUUGCGCGAGGACCGUCGAGCCUGGGCCAGCGACUGGACCUGGAUCCCUGGUUCGAUUGUGGCAGAGUACUGGGACCGGCGGGGGGCCGAUGUGAACCUCUUCACCCUUCUUAGCGGUCAGGCGAGGCCUCUCUGGAAUUCUGAUGAGGUUUCCGAGUGA